AUACUGUACCCAGUGUACACGCAGAGUGAACGCAUUCGCCUUGCGUGUGAAUUGUGAUAUCAUUCAGCGCAGUGGGACCUUGCUGUGUUCUCCUUCUCUUAAGUUUUAAGGUUCCCGACGUUUUUUUAUUUGUAUCAUCUGCAUUGUCUUUAACCAUGAGUACUCUGCGCCUGCAGAAGCGGUUGGCCGCAUCGGUCCUCCGCUGCGGUGUGAACAAGGUCUGGCUGGAUCCCAACGAAAUCACAGAGAUCACAAACUCCAAUUCCCGCCAGAACAUCCGCCGUCUGGUAAAAGACGGUCUGAUCAUCAAGAAGCCCGUGGCGGUGCAUUCGCGUGCACGCGUCCGCAAGAAUGCCGAGGCGCGUCGCAAGGGUCGACACACCGGGACGGGUAAACGAAAGGGUACCGCUAAUGCCCGCAUGCCUGGCAAGGUGAUCUGGAUUAGGCGGAUGCGCGUGCUGCGACGCAUGCUGAAGAAGUACAGGGAACAGAAAAAGAUUGAUAAGCACUUGUAUCACAAUCUGUACCUUAAAGUCAAGGGAAACGUUUUCCGUAACAAGCGUGUGUUGAUGGAGUUUAUCCACAAGAAGAAGGCUGAGAAUAUCCGAUCGAAACAGCUAUCUGACCAAGCCGAGGCCCGUCGUGUUAAGAACAGGGAACAGCGCAAAAAGCGUGAAGAGCGUGUGAUUAAGAAGCGGAAGGAAAACCUGGCGUUAAUAACUAAGGAAGAAGAGACCACCGAAGCAUAACUGAAUAUUUAGUCCAACAUAAUUGUCUGUUUCUCAGAUUGUUCUCCGUCUGUGUUUAUUCCGCACUAUCAACUGUUAAAAAGAUCGAUUAAAAAUCCGCUUUUUUACACUGAAGGUAACAUCUAACCCAGAGACCAGCAGUCUGUAAAAAAAUGCGUAGACGUUUUUGCUAACACUGAAACAAAGUGGUUGAUUACUUAUUUUUCGCAGUA